GAUUCUUUUGGUACUUUGCUACGUGUAGACAGACGCUUGUUUUGUUAUUGGUUGCCGAGAUUUUAGUGUAAUUGUCAUGGAUGGAUGAUAGAAUUCAUUGUUUUACUCUUCUAUAGAUUAUCCCAAUAAAUUUUUUGAAGAAAUGGAAGCUGACUCGACCACUGAAGAUAAUGAUCUAGCUAGCAAAUUGGAAUGUGCAGUGUGCCUUCAGCCUUGUGUUCAGCCUGUACAGCUGCCAUGCCGUCAUGUUUUCUGUUACCUUUGUGUAAAAGGUGUGACACAUCAAAGUAAACGUUGUGCCAUGUGCCGACAGGAAAUCCCUGCAAAUUAUUUAGAUAAUCCCAAUUUGAUUGCCGCUUCAGAGUCAUGCAUAGCCUUUGAGGGUUAUUACCAGUGGUUUUAUGAAGGAAGAAAUGGCUGGUGGCAGUACGAUGAUCGCACAAGUUCUGAAAUCGAGGCUGCCUUCAAAAAGGGUGAACCGCAGUGUGAAGUUCUUAUUGCAGGAUUUUUGUACAUAAUAGAUUUUCAGAAAAACCUUCAAGUUAGAAGGUGUGACCCUUAUAGGAAGCGUCGCAUUAAGAGAGAUUUAAUUACAAUUCCAAAAAAAGGUGUUGCUGGGAUAAGGCAUGUACCUGGAAAUUCUACUUCUGAUGUAAAUAGAGAUGGUGAUAACAAUGGGACUGCAGAUAAUUUAUCUAAUGAUGACAUUAGUCAGAAUGAUCCUGAAGUUGAUGAUAGCUCAAAUGACAGUGAAAGCUAGUAACAUUUUUUGCUCAUUAAAAUGUACAGAUAUGAAUAAGUAAAAAGACUUUUAAUCUGUUUCAUGUAUUCAAACUAUUUGCAUUAAAUUUAUCUUAAUUUUUAAAAAAAUUUAUAUAUGGAUUUUUUUUGUUUCAUAACUAAAUUAAUGCAGAAUAUAUGCAUUUAAAAAAAAUGGAGAACAAAUCGAAAAUCUCUUUAAAAACAUGAACUUAUUUCUUCACAAAAUAUGCACAGAUUAAAUAUAAAAAAAAAAGAUUAGGAUUUCUUUUGUUUUAUAUAUCAAUUAUUUAUAAAAGUUUCAUGCAUACAUUCUUAGAUAAAUAUUAUAUGUGUGAAGUUCAAUUUUUUUUUUCUUGCUAAAUUUAUACUUUAAUGCAUAUAUUUUAAGAAAUUGCUUUUAUUAGAAUGCCUAAUUCUGAAAUUUUAUAUUGAUUUUUAGAAUAUUAAAUUAAACCACGUUGAUUAGUAAAUUCAACCACACUGUGCUUUAUAAUAUCACCACUUUGAAACUUAGAUGAAAGUUACAUUUUCUGUUUUGUUAAUUGAUUAUUAGACUUCAAGUAGCAUUUUUUUCUAAAAUAUGAUGCCUUAAAUCUAUAAAUUAGAAAAAAAAUAUUCAGUAAAGAUUAUUCUAAUAUUGGAUGUGUGUUCUUAACUGCUUGAAUUUUAUUUUGAAAAUUAUGAAAUUUUUUUUCUAAUUUCAUAAUAAUACUUUUAUCGAAUUAAUAUCUUAAGUGCCAAAAGCAAAUUGUCUGACACGCCAAUAUCUUGAAUUAUUUAAUUCAAUUACUUUAUUUUAUUUUUUCUGAAUGGUUUACUUAAAUGAUCUGUGAUUUAUUUCAUUAUAGUUUUUUUGCAAGUGAUAUACUGGUGAUAGUACUUCAUAAUAGCAACUUGUUUCUUUAAAAUCUUUUAAUUAUUUGCUCUCUCUCUCUCUUUCUCAUAUUUAAAUAUAAUAAUCUCUUAAAUACAUAAAAUGGGUUGAUUUUGAAUUAAUCGUGGAAGUCUUUUAGAUAUUAAUUUCUAGGAAAUUGUGGUUUUCAUUUGUUUUGAUUUAUUUGCCGUUGAAUGUAAGUUUCCUCAUGAAUAAUGAGUAGAAGAUAGAUACCUUUAAUCCCGUCCAAUGUGCAAUUAAAUAUUGUAUUAUUAAGCAGUUUAACUGGGUUUUUUUUUUCUUCUUCUUUUUUUUCCCUUUUUCUUUAAAUUCUCGUCCAAAAUAAACAAUUUAUAUUUAUUUUUGUGUUUUUCUUAAUUUCUGCAUAAUAAAUAUCAUACCCAAAUAAUUUAAAUAUAAAUAUUUGGGUAUGAUAUUUAUUAUUUAUAAUAAAUAUUUUUUAUAAAUAUAAGAUGAACCUUUUAUUUUUCUGUUAAAAAUUCUAUAAUUUGAUCAAACAGGAAAGAGAUAAAAAUUCCAUAUUAAUAAUAAAACUACAAUUCAUCUUUUAAUUAUUGCUAUAGAUGUGACAUCAUAAACCAUUUAAUAUCUUUUAAUAAAUGUUUUAAAUGAAAUUCUUUUGAAUUUCUCGUUUCUUAUUAUUUGGCAAUAGAAUUUUUUAAAAUUAUUCACUAUUUUAUAGCAUAGAAUUAAUCUUCUAUUUUUGUAUAAAUUUCAAGUGUGUUUUAUGAAGUUAUGCCUGAGUGUUCUUGGCUCAGAGAACUUAAGCUGUGUUACUUCUUCAUAUUUAAUUUCAUCCAAGUGGCAAAUGUUAUGAUAUAUGGCUUAUUUAUUUUUGUAUAAAAGUUUGAAUUGUUAUUGGAAUUUAUGUAAAAAAAAUUUUUGUACAUAAGUUGGAAGUCUUUCUCUCUGAUGUUUUUCAGAGUAUAUUCAACUUUAAUCUCUUCUUUAUAUUUUAUGUAUCAGAUUAAAUAAACAG